CUCGCACUUUGUCUAGCACCAGUUGAGUUCCACUCCCAGUUGUCUUGUGUUCAUCACCUUCAGUUUCUUCAGUUUUGUUUCUCUAUAAUACCGGUGAAGAAAAUGGGGAAGGAUACGAGAAUCAAGAAGUAUGCUGCUAUGAAACGAAUGAUUUCGUUGCGGGAUACAAGAAUACAAGAAAAGGACAGGAAAAAGAAGAAGCCACCACCCAAGUGGAAACAAGAUGAAGUUGCUAAAAUCAAGGAACGUGAGGUGCCACAGUACUCCUCAGCACUCUUCUUCAAAUACAACACCCAGCUUGGACCACCCUACUAUGUCCUUGUCGAUACAAACUUUGUGAAUUUCUCAAUCAAGAACAAAAUCGACUUAGUACAGGGGAUGAUGGAUUGUCUCUAUGCUAAAUGUAUUCCAUGCAUAACUGACUGUGUGCUGGCUGAAAUAGAGAAACUCGGGCGUAAAUACAAUGUUGCUCUGCGGACAGUGAAAGACUCGAGGUUUGAACGUCUUCCCUGCAUGCAUCAGGGAACCUACGCUGAUGACUGCCUUGUACAGCGUGUGAUGCAGCACAAAUGUUACAUUGUUGCAACUUGUGAUCGUGAUCUCAAGCGGAGAAUACGCAAAGUUCCCGGAGUGCCCAUCAUGUUCCUCUCCCAUCGAAGAUAUACCAUUGAGAGGAUGCCAGAUGCCUUUGGAGCACCAAAGGUUUGAGUUGUUCCAGAGAACUUUUAGGAUAAUUUAUUACAAAAAGUUAAAUUUAAAAAAAAAAUCCCUGUGCAUUAAAGAGUUGAAAUAUUUCCCAGUACAGCUGUCGGCACACAUGAUGCUCAACAGGGGUCUUAUUUUAAACAGAACUUUAUGAAUACAUGUACGACUAUAAGUACAUAGUUUCCCUUGUGGUUUAUGUUGACUAUAAGUACAGUUGACAUGUCUGCAUUGACAGAAGUGUCGAACACCAUCAGUAAAUGUCCUGAGACCAAUUUCAUAAAACCUGUAAGCACAUCAACUUGCUAAGUCUUGCUAAGCAGAAAUAGGUUACCAGCGAAAAUCACAUGUGUUUGUGGAAAACCGGUGUCCCACUCAUUAUUUGCCAAGUAAAGAAGUUUGUGGAGCAGUUUUUCUGCUAAGCAGCUUUAUGAAGUUGUGCCCUGGUUGUGGACCUUGUCUAACAACACAAGAGUUACAAAAAUGGCUACCUUGUUGAGAAAGCAUUAGCUAUAAGUAGUUGAGAUAAAUUUGCUUCAUUUGCUAUUUGAAUUAAAUUAAGUGGCAGAUACUUCAUGCUCUACUGGGCAGUGGCGGUUUCAAUUUCAUGACAGGACUUGCACCAGUUUUCGGUGUUUACUGCUCUUAGAGUCACAAACUUUUUCAGUGUAGAAUUGUGCAGUAAGCAGUGCCAUGUAAUGGGAAUAAGAUUGCUAACAAGUGCUUUGUAUUUGUCUUGUAAAACACUUUGUUUUAACAAAACUAUAAUAAAUACAUGAUGUUUGGAUGAUUUGGCUCGACUAACUGACCAUUUUAACAAAGAAAACUUACACUUCUUCACAUAAACUUCUUUUUCAAGGAAAAAAAUAUCAAGUUUACAGUAGUAACACAAAACAGUUCCCGUUUUUUUUACA